GGAGUCGAGCCGGGACUUCACUUUAAAAGUUUCAACAGCUGCGCAUUCACGCAUUCGCUUCCUGUUCGCCCAUCACUCCUCGUGGUUGCCGCUCGGUAGCCGCUUUAACCCGAGUCAAGAGAACCGGGCGAAUCUCGUCGGAAGCAUGAGGCUGCUCGUGCUAGUUAUGCUGCUGGCAGUCGCGGCCGUUGCUGUGGUGGAUGCCGCCCGCCCCUGUGAAGAAGUCAGUGGCAUUUGCAAGAAAAAUGACAGUCUAAGAGGGAAGAAGUGCAAGCAAAUUGAGGAAGGACUCUGCAAGAAGGGCAUGGUCUGCUGUCCUGGAAAGAAAAAAAACAAACGCACGGAAAAAUCACCUCGAAAUUGCAAAGACCUUGGCGAUCAAUGCUCGAAGGCACAUGGCAAGUGUCGACAGACCUGCGAACAACACGAGACGGUUAAGGAGGGAAAAUGUAGAGGAAAGCAUUGCAAAUGUUGCGUGAAAGACAAAGUGGACGAAAUCCGAAAAUCUGAAAACUGUGAAGGCGAGUGCAAGAGGGCGGGAGGCAAGUGUCGAAAGUCCUGCAGGGCAAAGAAGGGGGAAGUAGAGGGAGUGUGUCAAGGAGCAGACUGUAAGUGCUGCAUUACCCAGGGAAAGAAAAAAAUCAUACGCACUGAAAAAUCACCUCGAAAAUGUAAAGACCCUGGCGAUCAAUGCUCGAAGGCACAUGGCAAGUGUCGACAGACCUGCGAACAACACGAGACGGUUAAGGAGGGAAAAUGUAGAGGAAAAAAAUGCAAAUGUUGCGUGAAAGGCGAAGUUGGGUCAGUGGACGAAAUCCGAAAAUCUGAAAACUGUGAAGGCGAGUGCAAGAGGGCGGGAGGCAAGUGUCGAAAGUCCUGCAGGGCAAAGAAGGGGGAAGUAGAGGGAGUGUGUCAAGGAGCAGACUGUAAGUGCUGCAUUACCCAGGGAAAGAAAAAAAACAAACGCACGGAAAAAUCACCUCGAAAAUGUAAAGACCCUGGCGAUCAAUGCUCGAAGGCACAUGGCAAGUGUCGACAGACCUGCGAACAACACGAGACGGUUAAGGAGGGAAAAUGUAGAGGAAAAAAAUGCAAAUGUUGCGUGAAAGGCGAAGUGGACGAAAUCCGAAAAUCUGAAAACUGUGAAGGCGAGUGCAAGAGGGCGGGAGGCAAGUGUCGAAAGUCCUGCAGGGCAAAGAAGGGGGAAGUAGAGGGAGUGUGUCAAGGAGCAGACUGUAAGUGCUGCAUUACCCAGGGAAAGAAAAAAUUCAAACGCACUGAAAAAUCACCUCGAAAAUGUAAAGACCUCGACGAUCAAUGCUCGAAGGCACAUGGCAAGUGUCGACAGACCUGCGAACAACACGAGACGGUUAAGGAGGGAAAAUGUAAAGGAAAAAAAUGCAAAUGUUGCGUGAAAGGCGAAGUGGUCGAAAUCCGAAAAUCUGAAAACUGUGAAGGCGAGUGCAAGAGGGCGGGAGGCAAGUGUCGAAAGUCCUGCAGGGCAAAGAAGGGGGAAGUAGAGGGAGUGUGUCAAGGAGCAGACUGUAAGUGCUGCAUUACCCAGGGAAAGAAAAAAAACAAACGCACGGAAAAAUCACCUCGAAAUUGCAAAGACCUCGGCGAUCAAUGCUCGAAGGCACAUGGCAAGUGUCGACAGACCUGCGAACAACACGAGACGGUUAAGGAGGGAAAAUGUAGAGGAAAAAAAUGCAAAUGUUGCGUGAAAGGCGAAGUGGACGAAAUCCGAAAAUCUGAAAACUGUGAAGGCGAGUGCAAGAGGGCGGGAGGCAAGUGUCGAAAGUCCUGCAGGGCAAAGAAGGGGGAAGUAGAGGGAGUGUGUCAAGGAGCAGACUGUAAGUGCUGCAUUACCCAGGAAGAAAAACCUUCAACGCUUCAAAAGAAAGCAAAAUUCUGCAAAAAAGGAAAAGAGAAAUGUGAAGCACGCGGUGGAGUGUGUAAAAAAAAGUGCAAAGCCAGAUUUUCAGUUAAGACAUAUUGCAAGGGCAGUUGUCUUUGCUGUGAUAAAACUUUUGUCGCCGAAAGGAAAAAAUGUGGUAAGGUCAAAGGAACCUGCAAGGAGCAAUGUAAGAGUAACGAGACAGAUGAUGACUUACAGAAAGGUUGCAAGAAAAAAUUGAAAUGUUGUGCUAAGAAAUGUAAGAUACAAGAUGAAUGUAUAAAAGCAAACGGAGAAUGCCGCCGCUUCGGAAAGAAUUGUCCGCAUGGAAAGCUUAAAGGUGGCUGCAAAGGCAAGAAAUGUGUCUGUUGCUUGCCAGCAACGACGGCAGGACCAACGACGGCAGGACAACCAACAGCAGGACCACCAACAGCAGGACCACCAACAGCAGGACCACCAACAGCAGGACCAACGACCGCAAAACCACCAACAGCAGGACCACCAACAGCAGGACCAACGACCGCAAAACCACCAACAGCAGGACCAACAACAGCAGGACCAACGACCGCAAAACCACCAACAGCAGGACCACCAACAGCAGGACCACCAACAGCAGGACCACCAACAGCAGGACCACCAACAGCAGGACCAACAACCGCAAAACCACCAACAGCAGGACCACCAACAGCAGGACCAACGACCGCAAAACCACCAACAGCAGGACCACCAACAGCAGGACCAACGACCGCAAAACCACCAACAGCAGGACCAACAACAGCAGGACCAACAACAGCAGGACCACCAACAGCAGGACCAACAACAGCAGGACCAACGACCGCAAAACCCCCAACAGCAGGACCAACGACCGCAAAACCACCAACAGCAGGACCAACAACAGCAGGACCAACGACCGCAAAACCCCCAACAGCAGGACCAACGACCGCAAAACCCCCAACAGCAGGACCAACGACCGCAAAACCACCAACAGCAGGACCAACGACGAUAGUAACGACAACAAUGAUGGCCAUUAAAGAUUAG